UUAGGCUCUUUCAGGAUUAACGGAGAGCACGUUCUGAACAGGGUUGGGCCUGGCCCCGCCCCUGCGCCCAGGUGCUGGCCCCCAGCCCCUCCAGGUGGACGGGCAGCUGAACUCUUAAAAGUUCGCCCAAGACGUGGGAAGAGGCCGCCGGGAGGACCAGGAGGAUGAGCGCCGAGCACGGACAGCUGCAGCAGUCUGGGGGCCGGCGGGGCCGGAGUCCUGGGGACAAGAAGUCCAGAAGGCGCAGCCGGCGCAAAGAAACCUACUCCAUGUACAUCUACAAGGUGCUCAAGCAGGUGCACCCCGACAUCGGCAUCUCCUCCAAGGCCAUGAGCAUCAUGAACUCGUUCGUGAAUGAUCUGUUUGAGCGGCUGGCCGGCGAGGCUGCCCGGCUGGCCCAGUACUCGGGUCGAACCACACUGACGUCCCGGGAGGUCCAGACAGCCGUGCGUCUGCUACUGCCUGGGGAGCUGGCCAAGCACGCCGUGUCCGAGGGCACCAAGGCCGUGACCAAGUACACCAGCUCCAAGUGACCCGGGGCCCAACCUUAAUAAAG